AUGAGUUUGACCAUAAACGCGGUAGAUGCGAUGGAGUACGUCGAGGACGAUAACAUUACCGGUGCAUCAGACGACGAUGAUGACGACAAUCCAAGCAGUCCGGGCAGUGCGUACGACGAUGGGAACCUCAUCAACGUUGCCAUGGAAAAUGAAGUCACCGCACAGCUGGUAGCCGCCGGUGUCGUCGGCGUAGCUGCCGCAGCCGCCAUCACAUCAUCCAAGAAGAAAAAACGGCCACAUUCGUUCGAAACAAACCCUUCCAUCCGCAAGCGGCAACAGAACCGACUGCUAAGGAAGUUACGACAAACCAUUUUCGAGUACGCUACGCGCGUCGGACAGCAGGCAGUCGUGUUGGUGGCAACGCCGGGCAAACCAAACAAUAUCUACAAAGUAUUCGGAGCCAAACCGCUGGAGGAUGUGCUGAAAAAUUUGCGCAACAACGUGAUGGACAAGCUGGAUGAGGCACUCGCUGCACAGGCACCACCCCGGGUACAAGACGAUCCUUCGCUUUUUGAGCUGCCGCCGCUCAUCAUCGACGGUAUACCGACGCCUGUGGAGAAGAUGACCCAGGCACAGCUGCGUGCGUUCAUUCCGCUAAUGCUGAAGUACUCGACCGGACGGGGCAAGCCGGGUUGGGGCAGAGACUCUACCAGGCCCCCCUGGUGGCCGAAGGAACUACCGUGGGCCAACGUUCGCAUGGAUGCACGCACUGAGGAAGAAAAGCAAAAGAUAAGCUGGACACAUGCACUGAGAAAAAUUGUCAUAAAUUGUUACAAAUACCAUGGAAGAGAAGAUCUGUUGCCAGCGUUCAGUGAAGAGGACGAAAAGGCGAACGCCAUAGCAACGGCGAGCUCAAAUGUUGAUGUGAUGAAGAUUGAAAACGGCAGCAUAGUGACGGUGGGUCCGGCCGGCAACAACAACACAACCACGGCCACCAUCACCAACAGUGCCGGCGGCCAGCAACAAAUCAUCAUCCAUCAGGCACACCCGCAGCAACAACAGCAGCAACAGCAAGGCCAGUCUAACGGACAGACCACGACAACGAUCACCAGUGCGAACGGGCAGAUCAUAAAGGAAAAUCCGGACGGCACAAUACAGAUCCAGCAACAGUCGUCACCCUCGCAGACCCUCAACGCGCAGGUUUGCUUAGACUCGAUGGCUCUAAGCGAUGUGGAUUUCACUCACACUGUCCUGCAAACCAUCCAGAACCCCGACGGCACCGUGUCACUUAUUCAGGUUGAUCCCAACAAUCCCAUCAUCACGUUACCGGAUGGAACUACCGCACAAGUACAAGGAAUUGCAACCCUGCAGCCACAGGGUGACGGAGGUGUUCACGCAAUUCAAACUAUAUCAGAUGGACAGGGUGAAAGUAUGUCAGUUGACCUAACGGAUGCUACUCUUGGACAGGAUGGACAGCUUAUAAUUACAGGAGAAGAUGGACAAGGUUUCCCAGUGAACGUGAGUGGCAUGAUCACCGUACCGGUGUCCGCUCAGAUGUAUCAGACGAUGGUGGCCAACAUACAGCAGGUGCCGAACGUGGAUGGAACCGUCUGUAUUACCCCGAUGCAGGUACAUAACAUAGCGUCCAAUCAUGCCCAACAGCAACAACAGCAAACCUCUUCCGUCGUUAGCACCGCUAACAGCACGACACAGAACUUGACCAUUUCGACCAACGUAGGUACAGCGAGCCAACACCAUCACGCUACCGCAAUGCUCACCAACUACACGUUGAGUAGUAACGGAGCGCUUUUAGCUCUGCCACAAAUGCAACAACACCAUUUGCCAUCCGCCGGCAAGCAUCAGCAGCGUGGUGGCAGUAACGGGAAUAACGUUUCACGCUCCUCCGUUGGUUUGCCAAUGGUUGGCCUUAAUGCGAUACUGCCAUCGCAGCGUGGUUGCUUUAACAUUUCCACCUCCGGUCAUCAGGAAGCGGACAAUCAAACCUUGAACAAUAAUAACAAUAACAACAUCAUCUCCCAACACAUUUUGAACGUUCACCGCAAAUCGAAUGUGAUACCGACCGGUGGUAGCAGUACCAUCCUCGGUGGUGCCGGUAUUGGUGGGAAUCAGAUAAAAUUUUGUAUACCAAAGAUUGAACCAAUGGACGAAGACAAGGACGUCGUGUCGGGCGAUGCAAACGCUGCGCCUAGCAGCAGCUUUGUUAUACAGCUGAGCGGAAUCCCGUUCACUACGACCGACUCGAAAUCUGUCCAGCAGCAACAGCAACAGUUGAAGCGAGACAUUGAAUUGUCGGUUAAUGAUGGAAGCCAUCUGAUCGAUGCACUAAGCUUAAGUCAGAAAGUUAGCAGUAGCAGUAGUAGCAGUAACAGCAACAACGCGACGGACGAAAUGAACCAGAAACGCUUUGGUUUGCAAAGUGUGUAG